UACUGAGCGGAGCCCCGUUUGGAGCGAUGGGCGACCUCUCGGAGCGGAGGGUGCAGCUGGCCCUGCUGCUGUCGUUCGCCUCGGGGGUCCUGGUGGGCUGGCAGGCCAACAGACUCCGCAGGCGCUUCCUCCAGUGGAGGAAGCGCCGGCUGCAGGACAAGCUGGACGCCGCGCAGAAGAAGCUCGAUCUGGCCUGAUCGGCUCCGAGCCCCAAAAAGCUCCGACCUCUGCAAGCUCCGACCUCUCUGCAAGCUCCGACCUCUCUGCAAGCUCCGACGUCUCUGCAAGCUCCGACCUCUGCAGCUCCGACCUCUGCAAGCUCCGACCUCUGCAAGCACCGACCUCUGCAAACUUCGACCUCUGCAAACUCCGAGCCUUGCAACUAGGACCUUGGCAGUUCGGAGCCCUGCAACUAAGUACCUCUGCAGCUCCGAGCCUUGCAAGUAGGACCUCAGCAGCUCCGAGCCUUGCAACUAGGACCUCAGCAGCUCCGAGCCUUGCAACUAGGACCUCUGCAGCUCCAAGCCUUGCAGCUAGGACCUCUGCGGCUCCGAGCGUUGCAAGUAGGACCUCUGCGGCUCCGAGCGUUGCAAGUAGGACCUCUGCGGCUCCGUGCCAUGCAACUAGGACCUCUGCGGCCCCGAGCCUUGCAAGUAGGACCUCUGCAGCUCCGUGCCUUGCAACUAGGACCUCAGCAGCUUCGAGCCUUGCAACUAGGACCUCAGCAGCCUCGAGCCUUGCAACUAGGACCUAGGCAGCUCGGAGCCGUGCAACUAGGAUCUGUGCAGCUUGGAGCCUUGUAGCUAGGCCGUCUGCAACCUCGGAGCCCCGCAAGCUCGAAGCGUUGUACCUCGGAGCCGUGCAAUUAGGAUCUUUGCAGCUUGGAGCCUUGCAGCUAGGCCGUCUGCAAGCUCGGAGCCCCGCAAGCUUGAAGCGUUGCAAGUAGGACCUCUGCAGCUUGGAGCCUUGUAGGUAGGCCGUCUGCAAGCGUGGAGCCCCGCAAGCUCGAAGCCUUGCAACUAGGACCUCUGCAGCUCGGGGCCUGCAACUAGGAUCUCUACAGCUUGGAGCCUUGCAGCUAGGCCGUCUGCAUGCUCGGAGCCCCGCAAGUUCGAAGCCUUGCAACUAGGACCUCUGCAGCUUGGAGCCGUGCAACUAGGACCUCUGCAGCUUGGAACCGUGCAACUAGGACCUCUGUAGCUUGGAGCUUUGCAGCUAGGCCGUCUGCAAGCUCGAAGCGUUGCAGCUCGGAGCUCUGUAGUCUCGAACCGUUGCAGCUCGGAACUCUGCAGUCUCGAACCGUUGCAGCUCGGAACUCUGCAGUCUCGAACCGUUGCAGCUCGGAGUUCUGCAACCUGGAAAAGUUGCAGCUCGGAGCUCUGCAACCUCUUAAAGUUCCAAUUCGGAGCUCUGCAACCUGGAAACGUUGCAGCUCGGAGCUCUGAAACCUGGAAAAGUUGCAAGUCGGAGCUCCGCAACCUCUUAAAGUUGCAACUCGGAGCUCGGCAACCUGGAAAAGUUGCAGCUCGGAGCUCUGCAGUCUCGAAGCGUUGCAGCUCGGAGCUCUGCAACCUAGAAAAGUUGCAGCUCGGAGCUCCGCAACCUCUUAAAGUUCCAACUCGGAGCUCUGCAACCUGGAAAAGUUGCAGCUCGGAGCUCUGCAACCUGGAAAAGUUGCAGCUCGGAGCUCUGCAACCUGGAAAAGUUGCAUCUCGGAACUCUGCAACCUGGAAAAGUUGCAUCUCGGAGCUCUGCAACCUGGAAAAGUUGCAUCUCGGAGCUCUGCAACCUGGAAAAGUUGCAUCUCGGAGCUCUGCAACCUCUUAAAGUUGCAACUCGGAGCUCUGCAACCUCGAAAAGUUGCAGCUCGGAGCUCUGCCACCUCGGAGUCUUGCAGCUGGGAGUCCUGCAGCCCGGCCAACCCCCGCUUGUUGAAGAAGGAUGCCGAAAACAGAACAGCAUGAUCUCCUGAUGCUUUGUGAAUUAUUAAAAAAAAAUAAAUAUUUUUUGAACAAUCG